GCUUCCAGUCCAACCCUAGGAGCUGCAGAGUAACAAGCCCGACGGGUGUUGUAGUUCUUUGACAUUGAAGGUCCCUCAGAGAGUUGUCAACCCACACAGCCCGUAAAGACUUCAACCACCAGAAGCAGUUGCGGGGGACAGAUACGUAGUUGUAUAGGGCGCUGAAAACAAAAUUCUUCCUGGCUGAUGAGAUGGCCCCAGUUUUAUCUAAUGUAGCUGAAGAACUUUUAAAAGAAGUUAAGAAAGCCUAUCAGGAGACUUCACAAAUUCCGGAUGAACUGCUGUUAGCGUUGAAGUUUGUGUUUGGUCCUUCGGCUCUCCAUGCUUUGGACCUUGUAGAUCAGCGUUCAGUGACUUCUGUAACAUCUCCUAGCGGAAGAAGGGCGUUUCAGGUAGUGGGAAGCUCUGGGAGGUCAUACACAUGUUACUCCUCCUGUCAUUACUGCCCUUGCCCUGCGUUUGCUUUCUGUGUGCUGAGAAGGAAUGACAGCUUGCUGUGCAAACACAUUCUUGCGACCUACCUCAGCCAAGCAAUGGGACUCUGCCAGGAGCUAGCUCUGUCGGAUCAGCAGCUGACUGACAUCCUCUUAGAGAAAACAGGAGAAAAGGUAGAAGCCUGAACAGGAAUUGGUGCCGCACUGGGGAGUUCAGGGAUAUUGUUUUAUAUGAAGGGGACACUACCUAUAAUUUUAAUUAUGUAUUACUUGUAUGAUCUAAUUAACUUUUGAAAGUAUUACCUGACAGAAUAUUUAUAUUUUCGUUUGGAAGGGUUUUUUUUAUCCUCUUAAAGUGGGUUCAUUAAACUAGACUGGGCAUGGCCUCGCAUGAUGUGGUCAUUGCAGUUUCUACUGAUGUCUUACAAAACAUAACUUCACUGAUUGUGGCUGUGUGGUUUUAGUGACAGCUACCCGGUCGGAUUACACAACAGUGUAUGUGUUUGCAGGACAGUGUCAAGACGAAACAUUACUUUGUUGCUUAAAUAAAAAAUGAAAAUCACACCAGACUCCAGAAAGAAGCCAAUGCAAACAAAAUAUCACUUUUAAUCAGAUUUCAUAUGUCCUCAGUAAGAGGUGUCCUCAAUGUAAUAAGAUUCAUAGCAAGUUAUCAAUAAUUUGUCUUAUUAAAGGAACAGAAUGACUUUUUGCCGUUUUGGUCUUUGUCACUUUCUACUUGUGAAAUGCUGUUCUGUGUGUGUCACUCCAAGAGGAAAUACCCAUCAAACUGAAUUAGAUUUAUUUUCAAAAUGCAGAUGCAAAAUAAUUGGUGAUGCACAUCUGUUGUGGCUACAAGUCAGGGUUUGAUCACAGUUGAAGCUUUUUUUCUCCUUUGUGCAACAUUUAUUUUUUUUAAGUCUCCUUUGUGCAACUUUUUUUUUUUUAGCUCAAAAAGAUCAGAUUAACUAAGACUGAACUCAAUCCUGUAGAGCUGUAAUUCCACAGGCUUGGCAUUGAAACAGAUUAAAUCCUAAAUCUUCAAUGCCCGCUAUGUUUACAACUAAUUUACAGUAUUUUAAAUUAGAUUUUGUUUUUAUAUAUGCAUGACAUUCUCUUUCCUGAUUAUCACACAAUCUGUUUGUGCAAUCUACUACCAGUCCAAGAGAGUGUAUAGAUACACUGUAAUCCACUGAUAAAUGAUAUAAUGGUUUAGUGUUAUCCGAUACAGCCAGUGUGUAUAGGGGCAAAAGCAGCGAUACUUUUUUCAGUUUAUUUCUUUCAGCUUUAACUUGCAGAUGUUUCUAAUAUGAAAAAUAAACAUGUAACCAGAAAGUGUGUGUCAGUUCCGUUGUGCUUGUGGUCAUCUUUUUAGAAUCUACUUCAUUAAAAAAAAAAAAAAAAUCCUAAUUUUAA